AUGGCCACGGGCGUGACAGUGACACUGGUUCGGUAUGCCGCGAAUACUGCGACAUCGCUCGGCAGGGCAUUUUCGCACAUGUCAUUCAUGGCCAUUUCAUGCACACCCGAAGCUGAUGCCGUGCUCACUGCAGACAAAAUCGCGGAGCAGACCCGUGGCGAUGUGCGUCCAUUUAUUCUACCUGCCUUCCAGGACGAGGAUGGCUUGGACGAGACACGAAUCAUGAAAAUGGUCCAAUCGCUAAUAAUGCCUUACUUGCAUUCACCUCCAACGUAUGUGGCUGUUGUCUCGAAUGAGCGCAUCAUCGAUACCGUUCUCAAGGGCCUGUUGUGCAUGGACGGUGCAUCUGUCCAUCACCCAGAGCCCAGCUCCGUGAAACGCUCUAUGAGCAUUUAUACGAAACCCCUCCUGCCUGGCGCCUACCACCAAGUGCAUGUGUCUGCACACGAUGAGCAAAUUCAUGCGCGUAUUUGUACCCUGAGCGAGUCGGCACACUUGCAGCAUCAGACGCCCAGCAUGAUCUCUAUCGACAAACCAUCUUCUACGUUGCCUUCGCCGGUCAGCAUUUCCUUUCCAUCCGAAAUGUCUGCAGAAGCCGCUGUAUCGCCCGGUCGCGAUCCACUCCUUCUCAGCCGGCCUGAUCCCCACCGAAGCACGCCGCUCUCGAUCAGUCCGCUGCGCUUGCGGCCUGUUGACACAUUCAUGCAUUCUCGCGAAGGAACACCACGAAUCUUGUCCCAGACGGCCAAAAAUGCUCAGUCGUAUGACAUGCUGACUAUGAUGCGCUCUAUCGAAAAAUGGGAUCCCAUGGUAGAUCCCCUCUCAUCCACUCCCUCGGACAUGCUCGAUUCGGCCACAACGGCCGGGUUUUCACCCCUAGGACUCGGGGCCCGUUUCUCGGACGCCUCAGCUCCUCGCGGAGCUCUCUCGGUCCGUUCGAUGCCGGCAUCGGCGGUGCCUCUCCGCUCCAGCAACACUCCCACGCCCCAUGCUACGCCCCAGGGACACAGUGGCAGUGCGAGCAGCGUCACGAAUACCUCAACAUUGAGCGGAAAUGUCAGUGCCUUUGCUCAGAGCCUGUUUAAUUAUCUUCCAUCACCUGUCGCAGCCAUCGGGGGCCUCAACAGCGGUCCUACCUCCGCGGCUCCAGACUCGCAAAGCCUAUUACAGCUGUGGCAGCGCAUAUGCAUAUGCAUCCUCCCUAUUUUUGCGCAGGAACCACAUAACCUGCUGAUCGAGCCCCUGCAUGACAGCGUUGAUCUGUAUGUGCGGCUCGUGCAUGAACGCGACCAAAUGCAUGCGCGUGCUACACUGCUUUCCCACUUUGAAAAGCUCGUGUCCACGGGUUUGCAUGGCGUGACUUUUCAGCUGCAACAGAAUGAUGGCUCACGGCUGCUCUACGACUUUCUGCGAGCAUGGCAGCACUACUAUGGCACGGUGAUGCCUUUUUUGCACGCAUGUUUCUCGCCGCUCGAGUCUCGCUUGUGGAGCAUGGAUCUGCUGCUUGCAAGAUGGCUGCACCGACACGACCCACUCACACACAUCGAUCCAUCCCAUGCACCGGCGCGUAUCGAUCUCCGACACGCGCUGCUCAUCUUGUUUCGCGACCUGAUCGUACUGCCUAUAUGUGACUGGCUAUACAUGACGACUGUGCAAAUGCAAUACACGAUUCACACGGAUCUAAGCAAUGCACUGAACACAAGUGUGCGCGGACGGCUCAUGCAGCUUGUGAAUAUCAUGAACAGCCUCGGGACGGACGACGCAGCACAGCAACGUAUCGAGCGAUUGCGCCGUGGUCUCUUGUCGCACGGUCUUUCUUUGCAUUCCCAUGCCCCACCGACAUCCACAUCGACACUGGACGUGAUGUCCCCAUCAAACGCAUCGACGCAACCAUCGCCCAUUUCGCCCAUCCCAAGCUGCCCAAUCUUCAGCACACCCAAUUCACCGACCAUAAGAAGCUCCCAUUAA